AGAGUGCGUUUUCUUCCCAAGUAUAGCAGGUCUACUUGUAUGGCAGCUCCCUCCCCCCCGUCCGCCACCUUUUCAAGCAGCGCUGGGCCGAAAAGCCGGGCAAGCGAGACCCGACGAUCGUGACUCCUAGAUUUCCUUCCGGGUCGGGCCGAUGAGGUUGGCUGUAUUGUUUAAGAGAAGGCUCGCAAGAGCGCUCCUUGACGCAGCGAAUUAUCUGAGAGCCCCCAGGGGCAUCCGUCCUUGGUGGUGUCACUUGCGAACCAGACCUUGUCACCGGCCUGGAAGUCUGUCACUCCCUCCCCGACAGCCUCGACCACCCCCGCACUGUCCCAGCCAACGAUGAGGCGCUGGGGGGGCGCCUCCUCGCCUGGUGCCAGGGCGCCGGCGAUCACCUUGUAAUCGAUGGGGUUGGUUGCGAUGGCCAUGUUCUUGACCAGGACCUCCCCGGCCCCUGGCUGCGGCUUCUCCACGUCCAUCGCUGUCAAGAGCGCCGAGGCAUCGCCGUACUUGGUGACCGCCCACGCCUUCAUCAUGCUCGUCGCUUGCGCAGAGAUGAGGUCUACUAACAACGAGAGGGUCGAGCGAUGCUGGCUGGCAGGGUGGCCUGCUCGAGUCUUGAGCCAAAAUGGCUACGGAUUCAUUACAAAGGUGUAAUGAGCCGUCGGCCCGAUUGCAACCGCUUGUUUCGGAAUUCUACUCGCAGUACACCAAGAUCGACUCACGGCUCAUCAGCAAGAUGCCCAGUACGCUCUCCUUCGAGGACGCUGCUGCCUUGCCGCUGACCUUCCAGACAGCGUGGGAGGGCAUGGUGGAGCUGAUGGGCGUCCAGAAGGGCAAGUCGAUCUUCGUCUUGAAUGGCGCUGGCAGGCUCGGGUCGAUCGUCAUCCAGGUCGCAAAGCACCUCGGGCUCGCAGUGAUUGCCUCCGCAUCGCGCGCGGAGACCAUCGAGUUCUGCAAGCAGAUGGGCGCGGACCACGUGGUCAACCACCGCAACGAGGACCUCGGCGCUGAGCUCAAGCAGGUCGGCUUCGACUGCGUGGACUAUAUCUACAAUGCCCACGAGAACGAUCGCCUCGGGGAGCUCUUCAAGCUGCUGGUGUGCGACGGGAGGCUUGUGGUCACCUACGGCCCUACGCAAGAGCAGAUGGCGAAGGUGGACUGGACCACCGUGUGGCUGAAGAGGCAGACGCUGUGCUUCCAGAUGAUGUUCGCGCGGCCCAUGUUCAACACCGAGCCCGCGAUGGUGGGUGGCGUGAUGGCAACCAUGGCAAAGCUUGUGGACCAGGGCAGCAUCAAGACGACUGUCACGAUGAUGCCCUUUCUCAUGCUUAAACGUGGACAGGAAGCGCUUUCUCGGAACGAGAAGGUGAUGGGAGGUGACGGGAAGCUCCUUCUCCGAACGAGAAGGUGAUGGGAGUGUGUUCGAGGCCUUGGAUUAAAAGAGCAACGAACCACGCAACUAAUUAGAUUCUCGGAGGGGGCAUUGAGCAUAUCAAUGAUGCCAGCAAGCUUCAGAUGUCUGGCAAAAGCAUCGGCAAGAUCUGCGUCACCAUGACGCACUGAGGCUGUGUUGGUUUGCCACCCUGAUUUUUUCGGGGAGCUUGCAGGGUACUCGCGGCCACCAGUACAGGCUCUAGGUAUUAUAUGCAUCCAUGUAUGUAUGUAUGUAUGCCUUUCAUUUGAUUUGCUUCUCGCUGCAUGGCGCUGCGUUGUAUCAUGGUGUUUUCAACACUGCGUUGUAUCGCAGUGCCGGUGUCGGCACUCCAUUCUGAGCAGUUUCUUCGCUGCUUGGCAUUGGUGCGCAUUGCCUUGUAUUGAUGUGCCACUGUCUGUGAUCGAGCUCUGUUCGGCCCGCGAUUUUGUUACGCUUCGGUGUGCCUCAUAGUUCGCAUUGCUUUGCCUGAUAUCAUCGGCACUUUUUCGAGCGCCGUUCAGCCCUGCAGCUAGAGUGCGCUCGGAACACGGUCCCCGCGCGCGCCCAUAGAGCGUUCAUAUCCCAACCGUGCGCGGACA